GGAGCAAGAAAGGAAAGCGAUAAUCGAACUGAUUAAGGUCGUGAAAUCGAAGUAAUCUCGUUGUUAAUCAGAUCUUUUGAUAAGGAGGAAAGGGAAGCUGCAAAGGAGGAAGAAGAAGAAAGAGCCAAAGAGGUCAACGAAAGAGGAUAUGAAGCUCUCUGCGUUGCAUCAGAGCUACUUAAAUCGCCGGAAUAACAGCUUCAGAUCUCCGGCGGCGCUAGAAUCUUCCGUCGAAGGCUCCGGGAAGUCUCUAGCUGCCGUGUUUUGGCUGGUUUUGCACUGUCUUUGCUGCUUGAUAAGCCUAGUCCUCGGGUUUCGAUUCUCCAGAUUGGUCUUCUUCUUCCUCUUCUCUACUUCCUCCACAAACCUCUACUCUGCUCCGUUUCGACCCGACUUACCUCUCAAGCACCUCGAUGUCCGCACAAUCGGCCGUAAUCUGGAUCCCCCGCCGGUAAUCGGAGCGAACACGACGGCGACGAGGAGCUCGCGUGUCGUCGUCGGGAGACACGGGAUCCGGAUCCGGCCAUGGCCGCAUCCGAAUCCGGUAGAGGUGAUGAAAGCGCAUCAGAUAAUCGAGAGGGUGCAGAGAGAGCAGAAGACGAUCUUCGGGAUGAAAAGAAGCAAGACGGUAAUCGCCGUGACGCCGACUUACGUGAGGACUUUUCAGGCGCUGCAUUUGACCGGCGUGAUGCACUCGUUGAUGCUUGUCCCUUACGAUCUGGUUUGGAUCGUGGUUGAAGCUGGUGGUGCUACUAAUGAGACUGGUUCCAUCAUCGCCAAGUCUGGGCUCAGGGCGAUUCACGUUGGGUUUAACCAGAGAAUGCCUAAUACUUGGGAGGAUCGCAGCAAAUUAGAGGUCUUGAUGAGACUUCAAGCGUUGAGAGUUGUGAGGGAAGAGAAGCUUGAUGGGGUUGUGAUGUUUGCGGAUGAUAGUAACAUGCAUAGUAUGGAGUUCUUUGAUGAAAUCCAGAGUGUCAAGUGGUUUGGUGCUGUUUCUGUUGGAAUAUUGGCUCAUUCUGGAAACGCAGAAGAGAUGGUUAUGUCGAUGGAUAGGAGAAAAGAGAUGGAGGAGGAGAACUCUUCAUUACCAGUACAAGGUCCUGCGUGUAACUCAACUGAUAAGCUGAUUGGUUGGCACAUUUUCAAUACAUUGCCAUAUGCGGGGAAGAGUGCGGUUUAUAUAGAUGAUGUUGCUGCGGUUUUGCCCCAAAAGCUAGAGUGGUCUGGGUUUGUGCUGAACUCGAGAUUGCUUUGGGAGGAAGCUGAGAACAAGCCAGAUUGGGUUAAGGACUUUGGGUCGUUGAAUGAGAAUGAAGGUGUGGAAAGUCCUUUGUCCCUGUUGAAUGAUCCUUCAAUGGUGGAGCCUCUUGGAAGCUGUGGAAGACAGGUUCUGCUAUGGUGGCUUCGUGUUGAAGCACGCGCUGAUAGCAAAUUCCCUCCCGGAUGGAUAAUUGAUCCUCCAUUAGAGAUCACAGUGGCGGCUAAACGCACUCCAUGGCCAGAUGUUCCUCCUGAGCCACCUACCAAAAAGAAAGAACAAAUAUUGCCAUUACCCCUACGCAGCAACGUCGUGGUAAUACCGAAGCAGCAACAGCAACAUUCAAGCAAAAUCCGAAAACCGAAACGAAGAAGUAAGAGAAAUAAACACGAACCUAAACCAACCGAUACAACAACACAAGUUUCUUCAUCUUCGUCUAAGCAUCAAGAGAGAAACUGAUAAAGAUUAGAGAUGAAGAAGAUCCAUUCUACUAUUAUUCAUUUGUUGCCAAAGUUUUUAGAGAAAUCUCAGAGAUCAUCUUCUCCUCCAGAUACCGCAAAUAUUACUGACUAACGGAGAGAGGAAAAAAAUUACGGGGAAAAUUAGAUUAUGAUGAUGGAGCUCCCAACAAAGGUAUACGGGUUUUUCAGGGAAUGAUGAUCAUUCGUUUUUUUCAAUAUUGUUUUCUUUUUGGGUCUUAUAAAAAACUUAUCUUUAUUAGUAACAAAGAUUGUUUGUUUCAAUGUUCUUGAGGUUACCAAAAACAUUGUAGAAACAAAACUUUGGUUGUAUAGUUUUGUAAGCAUAUUUCUCAAAUGAUUUCUGUUUUCUCCACAAU